AUGUCAACUGUGGCCCUCUUGGCUCCCAAUGUUAUUGCACAUCAGAUCAUCUUGCUUCCAGAACCUCAAUGGAAGACGAACGACAAGGACACCAAAUACAACCCUCUCGCCUUUCUGGAAAAUCAAAAUUUUCCGACUUCCGCAGACUUCGGGGGUUACUUAAAAAAAAAUAACUACAACUCACUUCGUGAUUUUCUCAAACGCGCGAAUUACACCGUGACCGAAGGAGCUGAUAGAGACUGCGGAUUCACGGAUCCCAAUGGUACGCCCCAGCCCAUUCCAGCUGGCAACAAUAUGCGAUUCACUGGAUACACUCACGAUGGCCUCUGUGAGAUGUGGCUUGAUGACACCAAAGUGCUCAGCGGAUCCAACUGUCACAACGACUUUCCUGGAAAAGACUGCCCUGUCGAUUACUCGUCGUGCAAGGACAAUUGUGUCAUGUACUGGUACUGGCUGGCCGUUCGUCUUCUGAAAAAUGAGUAUUCGUGGCAAGUCUAUAAGGCCUGCAUUCCACUGACGAGAUCAGGUAAAACUGGAACACCGGACAAGAAAAAGUUGCGCGUGUAA